UCUCCGCCCAAUGGGUCGGACCAGACCCGAAGCGGUGGAGGUGGCGGCUGGGACAGAGCUGGGGUUCCUGGAGGGAGAGAGGGUGAGGGGCAUACAGUAUUGAGAAAGCUAGGAAGGGGUGAAUGGAGGAGGGACCGGCUUCCGGGGUGUACUUUUGGACUCUCAGAGACAGAUGGCAUCAUUGACCCCUGACACCCCAUGUUCCUGCGACUGCUUUGUCUCGGUGCCCCCGGCCUCUGCCAUCCCAGCCGUGAUCUUUGCCAAGAACUCCGACCGACCCCGGGAUGAGGUACAGGAGGUGGUGUUUGUACCUGCGGCCAUGCACAGCCCUGGGAGCCGGCUCCAGUGCACCUACAUUGAGGUGGAGCAGGUAUCGAAGACGCAUGCUGUGAUCCUGAGCCGCCCUUCUUGGCUGUGGGGGGCCGAGAUGGGUGCGAAUGAGCAUGGUGUCUGCAUUGGCAACGAGGCCGUGUGGACCAAGGAGCCAGUUGGGGAGGGGGAGGCCCUGCUGGGCAUGGACUUACUCAGACUGGCUUUAGAACGGGGCAGCUCAGCCCAGGAAGCCUUGCAUGUGAUCACAGGCUUGCUGGAGCGCUAUGGGCAGGGGGGCAGCUGCCGGGAGGACCCCACGCCAUUCUGCUACCACAACACCUUCCUGCUGGCUGACCGGACUGAGGCGUGGGUGCUGGAGACAGCUGGGCGGCUGUGGGCUGCCCAGAGGAUCCGGGAGGGGGCCCGGAACAUCUCCAACCAGUUGAGCAUUGGCACAGACAUCUCAGCUGAGCACCCUGAGCUACGGGCCCAUGCUCAGACCCAGGGCUGGUGGGAUGGGCAGGGGACUUUUGACUUCGCCCAGGUCUUCUCCCUAACCCAGCAGCCUGUGCGCAUGGAGGCUGCCAAGGCCCGCUUCCGGAUCGGGCGGGAGCUGCUGGGGCAAGAGCAAGGGGGCAUCACAGCAGAGGUGAUGAUGGGCAUCCUUAGGAACAAGGAGAGUGGCAUCUGUAUGGAUUCUGGAGGCUUCCGCACUACAGCCAGCAUGGUGUCCAUUCUGCCCCGGGACCCCACACAGCCCUGCGUCCACUUCUUCACAGCCACGCCAGACCCCUCCAGGUCAGUGUUUAAACCAUUCAUCUUUGGAGUGGGGGGAGCCCAGGCCCCCCAAGUGCUGUCCCCAACUUUUGGAGCACAGGACCCUGCUCGGACCCUGCCCCGAUUCCAGACUCAGGUGGAUCGCCGGCACAUCCUUUACCGGGGACACCAGAUAGCCCUGGGGCUGAUGGAGAGUGAGCAGGAUCAAGGGCAGCAGCUCCGGCAGAAACAGCGGGCCCUGGAGCAGGAAGGCCUGGAGGCUGCAAGGGGGCUGCUGGCCGGGCAGCGGGCCCCACCACCUCAGGAGUGGGGUGGGCUCUUCCAGACCUUUGUGGAGAGGGAGAGCCAGAUGUAUGCCUGAGCACUGCAGCUCCUCCUGGCCUGGGGUGUGGGCAGUGUGCUGGGGUGCGGGCUCAGGACCAGAGCAGUCCCUUCACAUUCCUCAGCCUCGUCCCAAGUGGCCAGCUUGGCCUUUGCCUUAAUAAAAGUAUUUUAUUUCUGUGUUCUAUGAACUUGAUCCCAGG